UUAAUCUUUCCUUUUCUUAUAUCCCACAAGACACCAGGGUGUAUGGUUUCCAUCCUAAAUGCAUAUUAUGCUUGUCUUACAGAUUCACAGACCCGACUGCUUUGUCGUUGAACCCAAAGAAGGAGUGAUCCCAGCUAGGGGUGAGCUGCCUGUGACUGUCACAGCAACCCUGGAUCACACUGAGUGUUUUGAUGACAACAUCCAUCUGUUCAUUGGGAACAGCUUUUGGGCUGUCUGUAGGCUGCAGGCUUUGGGCACUGGCACCGCAAUUGCCAUAGACAAGCCAUUUGCCCCAGAGCUCAACCUGGGAUACCAAUUCAGCUUCGUUCCCUGUGUUCGUCAGUUCAAACUAACAAAUAGGGGCCCGUAUUUCCAUGGGCUCUUCUGGAGCAUGGAAUGCUACAGCCCACCUAAGGCGGAGGGCAAGAGUGUCUCAGCCCUCAGUAGCCCCAAAGAUGAUUCCCAGAGCCCCAAACGUGCUGCCUCCACGUUUGGGCUGGAGACAUCGUCGAUGAAACUGCAGCCAGGCGAGUCUGCGGACCUGGUGCUGCGAGGCUUCUCCAACAUCACACAGUGUACAGACAAUUGA